UAGGGCACACAUUUAGGCGAGCGCAGCGCAAAAUUGGCCGCACCACCACCACCACUAGCCUAUACAAGAACAACCACCUCGAACUCUUUGAGGAUAAUCCGACAGACCAGUCUAACUACACAACAUACAAAAUGUCGGACGGAGAAGAGACCCAAUCCAACCCCCCCGUCGCUGCCGAUGAGGUCGAGGUUUCGGCUGACGCCGGUGCCGGCGGUCAGAUGUCCGUCCUCGACGCCCUCAAGGGUGUCCUCCGCAUCUCGCUGAUCCACGACGGUCUUGCCCGUGGUCUGCGCGAGGCCGCCAAGGCCCUCGACCGUCGCCAGGCUCACAUGUGUGUCCUGAACGAGGGCUGCGAGGAGGAGGCCUACAAGAAGCUCGUCGUCGCUCUGUGCUCCGAGCACAAGAUCCCCCUCAUCAAGGUCCCCGAUGGAAAGCUCCUCGGCGAGUGGGUUGGUCUUUGCCAGCUCGACCGUGAGGGUAACGCCCGCAAGGUCGUCAACUGCUCUUGCGUUGUCGUUAAGGACUGGGGAGAGGAGUCCCAGGAGCGCUCCGUCCUCCUUAACUACUUCCAGACUGAGCAGUGGCAGCGCGCCCAGUAGGGGGGGCGUAGGUGGAGUGCUGUGAUCUGAGGAUAAUUUUCCGGACUCCGGGGGUGAUGGCCCGCGCAAAUCUGGUUCGAUACAACUUGGGUGAAUUCGGUUUUAUACAGGUUGCAUUUGAUCUAGGAGGGAAGGGGAAUAAUCUCCUGUCUUUUUCUCUAUAUCUGUCGGUAUUUAGGCGGGUGUGGUGUGCGGGUCAUCUCUAUC